AUGGCCGCCACGAUCUUGUCCCCGUCCUCAUCCUCCCCUCGCGGUGACGACGACCGCCACAUCCCCACCGCCCUAGCCCUCCCUGCCGCGACCGCCGUCGUCGCCACCGCCGGACAACUGGUGCUCCCUCCGGCGCAGCAACCUCCGCUGCGCUGCCCCGGCACGCCCCCGAAGACCACCUUCCAGUGCCGCCACAAGAUGGAGAAGCUCCGCAAGCGGUACCGCCGAGCCAUUGCGAGCGGCGGCGUUCGCCUGUAUGCCUCGUCGUGGGCCCACUUCCAGGGGAUGGACUCCAUGGAGAAGGGAUUCGGCGGCGAUCCGUCCUCCUCAUCCUCAGAUGGCGAGGUUUUCAGAGAUGGGGUUUUGGGAAGGAAUGAAAUUGGGAAAAGGGCCAGCGAGAGCGUGAAGAGAAAGAAAAUGGAUGGAAAGAAAAUGGAUGGUGGUAGUGGCAGUGAGGUGGCGGCGACAAUUCUGCCCUUGGGAGAGGGGUUUAUGAGAAUGGAGAAGGUGAAUGGAUAUGAGGAGGCAAAUUGA